AUGCUGUGGAUAUUUUCUUAUUUCCUUGUCUGCGUUUCGUUCACCAACCUUGAAACUGCUGAGGAUCAAUGCAGGUCAGAAGUUGAUAUUCGUGGCAUGGCUCUCAAAGGUUUCGUUUUCAAGAGAAUGACAGUAGCAGCUCCUCAUAUCUGUGAUAUCUUAUGUGAAAGGGAAAUUACCUGCCAGAGCUAUAAUUUCAACAGAAAAGAACAGAUCUGUGAAUUAAACCAUCGCACAAAGGACGCGAGACCCGAGAAUUUUCGUUCAGACCCAGCCUGGUUUUAUAUUCGCCGUUUGAACGGAAGAGGUAAGUACUCGACCAAGCACUUUAUAAUAAUUCUAAAUAUUUCUGUCUUACAGUCUGCUCACAGCCUGCGUUUUCCGAUUUCCCGGAAUUGAUUUUUCUAUUACCUCCUGACCGUAAAAAUGAAAGAUAUCAUUUCUACCUACUUUCUUUGAAGUUUAACCUAUAGUUAACAAGCAAAAAAAUUACUUUGAUGCAUGUAUAAAAUGUUGACAAGAAAUUAUUGAUUUAUUUACUUUUUAAAGUGCUGCAACAAGCUUACGGUCAGGGAUGACUGUAAAAAAAACUGAAAGCUCUAAAUGGAGGGCUUACGAGAGAAGGGUCUUGUCUCCUCAGAAUAAAAUCCUCCUUAAAUAUUCACAAGUCAAAAGGGAACUUAAGUAAAUGGAAUUCAGGUCCCGUUCAUAUUCUCAAGUGCCUUUUAUUCUCCCUUUUUGAUCUGUACGCCUCUAAAUGCUUGGCCGGUUUAAAGUCACCUCGCCACCAGGAAGACUCGCCACCAAUAAAGGAAAAGUUAACCAAAGUGAUCGUAACUUUUUAAUCGAACGAACGAACGACAAGAUCUACAAGAAAUGUGUUUGUCAAUUAUCAUUUUUUGGCGAAAAGAGGAGUGUUGUGUUGAGUGUUAAGUUUCAACAUUUUUACUCAUACCAGUUCCCUUGGGUUCGAUUCCGGAGUUACCAGCACGUUCAUGCUACGAGAUAAAAGCAAGCGAAGGGAAAGACACUGUAAGCAAUAAAUACUGGCUGGAUCCAUCUGGCACUGGGAAGGGAAUUCUGGUUUACUGUGAUAUGUAUUUAGAAGGUAAAUCAAUAUUGAAGGCAGUGUUGGUUUAAUUUUUUGUUUAAAUUGUCGAUUUGAAAAUCGCUCUAGUCCUGAAACAAUGUGUUGCGCAGUUUCUACUUUUGUCUACAUAUUUGUAUAAAAAAUCCAAAAAUGGAAAAAAAUAUCCCAAAUGGAAAUUUUACACUUAAUUGCAAUUUAAUAAAACUUUGAACAACAUUCUUACCUCAAAGUUGCCAUUAACCAUAGUCUAACUAGGUGGAACACAAUUCCUGUUGUGUUAUGUGGCUGUAAAUGUUAAUUUAGCACAGGGUAAGACUAUCUCUCUAGUAAAAUAAAUGUUGGCGAAAUUUUGACUCUCUUCCUUCUCCAUUCCCUAACCAGAUCAUGAUGAAUGCCUUGGUGGAAACAAUGCCUGUGACGUCAAUGCAUACUGUACCAACACCGUGGGUUCCUAUUACUGUACCUGCAAGGAGGGAUACGCUGGCGAUGGACGCUCGUGUUCAGGUACAUCGCGAUUAGUUUAAAUGAAUAUCCUAAUCACUUAGUCUAUCGAGAGAAUAGUCAAACGACCAAUCAAACUAAUGUUAAUUUUCUCACUGGGGAGGGGGUGGGUCACAGUGUCCAAUAUAGUCAGACUCUGUCUUCCACCUUCAUUGUCCGAGAGGGCUUUAAAAAAGGAUUUCAUUUAUACGAUGUUCCUCUCUGUGUUAUAGAUAUAAACGAAUGUGCUGACAGCACACCCGAUUGUGAUGUGAACGCUGAGUGUAACAAUAUCUUGGGAUCUUAUGAGUGCAUGUGUGAAGACGGAUUUCAUGGAAAUGGAACUAACUGCACCGGUAACUUGUUAUGACAUAUCAUGUUGCCUCUUUACAUAAUAAUACCCUGUCAUAAAACAAAAAGGUUAGUUACUAUACAAUAAUAAAAUAUUUUUUGUUGAUUUAGAUAUAGACGAAUGUACCGAAGAAAUACACAACUGUGAUGUGAACGCUGAGUGUAACAAUACCCUGGGAUCUUACAAAUGCUCGUGUAAAGAUGGAUUUCAUAGAAAUGGAACCAACUGCACAGGUAACUUGUUGAAACAUUUCAAACACCGUCUUUCACCGGCAUUGUAUAAGGGGGGCUUUUAAAAAAAAAGUCUCAUUUACAUGAUAAUCCUUUUCGUGUUCUAGAUGUAGAUGAAUGUGCUGACAGAAUACACAACUGUAAUGUGAAUGCCGAUUGCAACAAUACCCUGGGAUCUUACAAGUGCUCGUGUAAAGACGGAUUUCAUGGAAAUGGAACUAACUGCACGGGUAACUAGUUAAAACAUUUCAAACACCGUCAUUGUAUAAGGGGGCUUAAAAAAAGUCUCAUUUACAUGAUAACACUUUUCGUGUUUUAGAUAUAGAUGAAUGUGCUGACAGAAUACACGACUGUGAUAUGAAUGCUGAGUGUAACAAUAUCUUGGGAUCUUAUAAGUGCAUGUGUGAAGACGGAUUUCAUAGAAAUGAAACGAACUGCACAGGUGACUUGUUAUAG